GCCCGUGUAACCACCUCCAGUUGGUGGAGGAAAAAUUCAUAUUCCACGGAUUCAAAACUAACCAGUAAAAUUUUUACAUUACAGGAAAAAAUCGAACGCGGAUUCUCCGUAUCCUCUGUCUCUAUUUCCUCGAGUGUUCAUAUCUUUUCUCCUUUAUUACUCAGAUGCUUUCUCUUUUAGUCCUCCUUAUUGUCUACGCCUUCAGAUCUUCUUAAAAAACACUCUCCGAUCUGCAUUACAUUAACAAACACUUCUCGUAUUGUUUUAGCAAUGGUAAUGGCUAAACUCUUUGCUUUCUGCUUCUGUUUGUUACUAUCUGUGCAGUAUUCUUUGUCACAGAAUUCACCAGGGCCGUCUCCGGCGUCGCGUCCGGAACUAUCUGGUGAUUCGCCUUUAGCGUCGCCAGUUCCGGCUCCGGAAACCGGAUCUCCAUCGCAUGCUCCAGUGCCAUCAUCGUCACCUUCAGAUCUGAAGGAUGCGCCGUCGAUGGCACCGACUCCCGCUUCGGUUCCAAGUCCGGCGCCGACAGAGGGCAGUGAUGUGAACCUUACCGACUUGGAUACGGAUGGAGAUGGAAAAGAGUCUUCUGGCGGUGGUGGUGGAAUGAAUGGAGGGAAGAAGGCGGGAGUUGUGGUGGCGGUUGUAGUGGCGGUGUGUUUGGUUGGGCUUGGAGGGCUUGUGUACAAGAAGAGACGAGACAAUAUAAGAAGAUCUCAGUACAGUUAUGCCGCCAGAGGAGAGAUUCUUUGAGGUGGAAUUCAAUCCAUGGUUAGAGAAUUUAUUCAAAAUAUUAAUUGAUUGUUGGUAUUUGGGAUAAUUGUCAUUGAUUCUUUGUUAAUUUUGGUUGAUGAUUAUAGUAGUGAAUAAUAAUAUGUACGUAUUUGUUACAUGGAUACGUAUGGUAUUGCGUUA